AUGCCUCACAAUCCGACCAAACGAGAGCGCGACAGAACCGCUAUGUCCUACCCCGUGAGGCAGACCUUGUUUUGCCUCUUCUGCCUCGAAUACAAUCUCCGCGCGUGGAUAGAAAACGGGCGACUGCGGGCACGAAAACGACUGUGUGAGAUGCUCCCGGCUGGCCUUGAGGGCCACCGAUUCGAACUGCUAUCGCUCGUCUCUUGGUUCGGUGCCUUUUGGCGGAAUAAUCUUGUGGCUAGGAACUUGGAGUUAGUCGAGGUCCAUGCUUUUCCCGCUGAGGCUCUUGCUCGUCUCGCCUCUAAGCUUGAGAAGCUUAUCGAUUCCUUCGCGCUUCUUAUGCGUAAUCAUGUUGCCACACAUGACAUAGAGGAUCUUCUCCCGAGUCCCACAUUCGAUAUCGAUCGUGGCUUCAAGGUCGUCGCGUGA